CACCAAACCCCACUCAUCAGUAUCUCAUUUCACUUCCGGCUAUUCUACACUUGCUCAUUGUGGACUUAGAAUGUCCCACUGAUCAUGUUCAAGAAGAACCAAUCGAACCCUUCUCAACCAUACGCUUUUUCUCAACCUACAGCAGUCAAGUCUUCCGUCCAAGCGCGAAAACAAGAGAACGAGACUUUUUAUAAACCACUUCCCCCACCUAUCAACCAAACUUCAAACCCAAACUUAAAUACCAAUACCAACAACCCUUACGUUCAAAACUCAGAUAGAGGACAGAGGAUAGAUCCAUUUAGUGAUCAAUAUAGGACAAGAACACCUAGUCCACAACCUAACGCGUCGAGACCUUUAUUAGAAGCAAGUCCAGAUAUGGCAAGACAAUAUCCUCAGAAUCGUUUGCCGGGAAGUGGGAGUAGUCAAAGUGCUUUAUUAGGUGAGAGACAGCCCGCUGCAAGACGAUAUGGUCCAACGGCAGCCUCCGUACCUGCAGGUCCUAAUGCUGCUCUUCUCGGUAAUUCAUCCGGAAGUAGCGUGGGAGACAAGGCUGUUCCAGGUCAGAGUAACGCAUUUGCAGGGCAGGAUGUGGGAGGUUGGAAUGCCUCGAUAGAUGGGUUGAACCCAGAGGCGGAUGAUUAUUUGCAUAACCCUGAUCCUAAGCGGGAUCGGACGAAUGACCGUGGCGGAUCUAUCUUCACAACCCGUGGUCUCGCCAACAUAGGUUGUCUCCUUUUCCUCCUAUUAUGUCUCAUAACCCUCUUCGCCGGUUACCCUAUCAUAUCACAUUACACACAAACUACACUUAAAACAAACGGAGCAUAUAACCUCGGCGGUAUAAACUCUACGGGGCAGGUCCCCCAGAUCUCCAAUUUCCCAACUGUCAUUGAUCCGGACACUCCGACGGAUGCAUAUACCAUCACUGGAUUUGAUGGAGAAACAUAUCAGUUGGUUUUCAGUGAUGAGUUUGAGAAGGACGGAAGGACGUUUUAUGAAGGGGAUGAUCCUUAUUGGACGGCAGUCGAUAUUCAUUACUGGCCCACUGGCGAUUUCGAAUGGUACGAUCCCUCUGCCGUCACAACAUCCGGCGGCAAUCUUGUCAUCACCAUGACCCAAGAACCCAUCCACCAACUUAACUUCAAAUCCGGCAUGGUUCAGUCGUGGAACCAAAUGUGUUUCCAAUAUUCUGCCCAUUACGAAGUGAAAGUAUCUUUACCUGGUACACCUCGGAUCGGGGGUUUCUGGCCAGGUGCAUGGAUGAUGGGUAACCUGGGUCGACCUGGUUACGGAGCGACUACAGAGGGUACCUGGCCAUAUACGUAUGAUAGUUGCGACUCGGGAACUUUGAAGAAUCAGACCAACGCCGCCGGAACGGGUCCAGCUGGUGCUUUGGAAGGAAAUGAUGAUACUGGGAUAUCCUUCCUCCCCGGACAAAGAAUGUCAUCAUGUACCUGUCCAGGUGAAGAUCACGCAGGUCCAGAUGUAUCUUACGGUCGCGGAGUCCCCGAAAUAGAUGCUCUUGAAGCUCAAACGGAUCUUUCGAUCCCAAUGGGUCAACUUUCACAAUCGGCACAAGUAGCACCAUUCGAUAUGGAUUAUCAAUAUACCAAUACGACCGACGUUUGUAUUCCUGUAGAUACCACGAAAACAAAAUUCAAUUCAUAUCAAGGUGGAGUUUACCAAGAAGCUGUCUCAAUGUUAACUUAUAUCGAUGCGGCUUCAUAUCAACUGGAACAGGGUCAAUUCGCAAAACAUGGCUUUGAAAUGUAUAGUGAUCCUAAUGAUAGACAAGCGGGGUACAUAACUUGGUUUGCGGAUGAUAAAAAGACUUGGACCAUGAAACCUGGUGCUGUACCACCUAGACCGGAAAUGGAUAUCGGACAAAGGUUGAUAACUGAGGAACCUAUGGCUAUGGUUCUGAAUUUCGGAAUGUCAAAUAAUUUCCAAACCGUCAAUUUUGCUGAACUCGAAUGGCCAGCACAUAUGCUUAUCGAUUACGUCAGAGUAUAUCAACGUCCAAAUGGAAAGAUCGGUUGUGAUCCGGAUGACAGACCGACUUCGGAUUAUAUAAAUAAUCAUUUGAACGCUUAUUCAAAUGCUAAUUUGACCACUUGGGAACAAGCUGGUUAUGGUAUGCCUAAAAACCGACUGGUCGACACUUGCUAAAAACCUCUCUUCUCGUCCAUUCAUAUCAAUCUCAAACCCACCACACUCCACCUCAUCUUACUUUCCCCUCUCUGGGCGUUUCAUCACCAUACACGCCCAAGUCAUCUCCCGUCACUCAUACGGUCACUUGUGAGUCACGUUGGAUCAUAGGAUCAUCCAAUAUUACCUGCACGAUGGACAAUUGUCACGAAAAAAUCCAAAGAGGAGAUAUGUAUGCAUGGCUUGUGUCGUUU